CUUCUCACGCACAGACUAGUAGUGGUCGUUUGUGUUGUCUGUCAUCGGGGCUCCAUACCUUUCAUCUUUGCUUUGUGUUUGAUCGGACUCGCCUAGAAGAACAGGCGAUGGCUGGGAGUAUACUGGAAAACAUCAGCGGUCGAAAACUCGCAGUUAUCGUAUCCAUCGUGCUCAUAAUCCAGUUCGUCUGCUUUCUGAUAGGCGGUCUCAUCGCUCCUGCACCGUCCAACGCGGAUCAAAUCCUGGGCACCAUCUGCAGGCGCGAUCACCCGUUGCCGCCGGGCACGUUCGAUGACCAGUGGCACAUUCCUCGUGGACACGAUGGUCAGCCCAUAAACUGCAACGUACUGCACGACCUUCCCGACCCUUAUGGAGAAGACGACGGGCUCACGGCUAAUCACAUCGUGUUCGCCUUCCAAGCUCCGGGACCUCGUGUCCGUCAAGACCUCGACUACUCGCGCUGGAUGCAGAAUCUUAUUGGGAUACUCCAGCUGGAUAUUGUCUACAACCCUGCCAAUCCGAUGAGGGAGAAUCCACUCUUGCUCCUCGAGGUGAAGCUGGGUUACAGGAACAAGCAUGACCCACCAGACAAAUGGACCCUCAUUGCAAAGUCUAUGGAGGAGAGGCAACACAAGUGUGACUUGAAUAGCUCUCAACGCAUAGAGGGCUAUGCAUAUAACUGUGACGUACUCAGUCUGUUUGAACUGGGUAGUCUCCAUCACGACUACUACCUUCUGAACCUACGCAUGCCCAUCUCCAACACCAGCGCAUGGAACAGAGAUCUCGGACAAGUGAAGGAUGCCUGGCUUGUGCUCAUUCACCAGAAUGGUGGCUUCACCAAAGUAUGGCUGUCGCUGAAGACAUUCUUUUUCCCACUCGUGUUGGCAACCCUCAUUUGGUACUGGAGACGCAUCCGUCUGCUAUCACGUCCUCCUCAUCUUCUUGAAGGUCUUCUCCUCUCCUUGGGGACGGCCAUGACGGUCCUGAAUACCCCUCUGGAGUUUCUUACCCUGUGGAUCAACAUGCCAUUCAUGCUGCUCAUGGGUGACAUUCGUCAGGGCAUCUUCUACGCGACCCUCCUCAGCUUCUGGCUCAUCUUCUGCGGAGAGCACCUCAUGGACGACAUCGAAAGAAACAAGCUGAGAUCGUACUGGAAGCACCUCAGUGCAGUGAUCACUGGUUGCAUAUGCCUCUUCAUCUUUGACUUGUGCGAAAGAGGAAUCCAACUGAGAAAUCCUUUCUACAGCAUCUGGGACACGCAAGUGGGCAGCAACUUAGCUCUGGGUUUCAUAAUCCUGGCCGGCAUAUGUGCCUGCCUCUACUUUGUCUUCUUGUCCUACCUGCUGUAUCGAGUGCUGAGGAAUAUCAGCUUCAAGAGGAACGCGCUUCCCAGCAUGAGUCAAGCUCGGAGGAUGUAUUACGAGGGCAUAAUUUACAGGUUCAAGUUUUUACUGCUGGCCACCCAGAUCUGCGCAGCACUCACAGUGAUCGCUUACAUCAUUGGCCAGGUGAGCGAAGGCAGGUGGAAAUGGGACGAAGACAUCAAGCUCGAGUACACGUCUGCUUUCUUUACGGGAGUUUACGGAAUGUGGAACCUCUACGUUUUCAUGCUUCUCGUCCUCUACGCCCCCUCUCACAAGUAUUAUCCGUCACCUGCAGAACAUUCUACGAGUCAGGAAGAAAUCGAAUUCAGCCGCCUGACAACCUCCGAACCCGCCCCCACCGAACCCACAGAGUCGUCUUCGCUGACGGACUUUGCGAGAAAGGCAGCGCUGGAUUGAGAGCACCCCCUCCUUCUGCAAAAGUUUCAUGCAAUAUCGUCGCUAGCAAUACUCAUCACGCUCAUCCAUUUCUUUUGUUACCAAUGUCAGCGGUAAGUUCCGAAUGCCUCGGAAUUAAUCGUGUCCCAUAUCGUAAGCAUCGUUUCGCUUGCACGUAGAAUGUUUUUACUCAACUUGCUUUUCUUGUUGUAUUUUUAUUACUGACAAGUGCUGCCACAUUUGGUAGUGAAACAUCUUCUGAACUAUUUUCAGCAGUGGUUAUCAAUAAUGACAAAGCAAUCUUAGGCAGCUUCAACAAUUUUAAACUUGUCAGAGAAACUACUUCCUAUUUAAACUUUGUUACAUAACAGCUGUUACAGCUGGAGCAGCAACGGAUGUUGCAGGAUGGUUACACACUUUAUAGACUAACUCCUGCUAAUGUCUGGAUAACUGCUCUGUCAUUUCAAAAAAGCCCUUUACUUCAUUAUGAGGUAGACAUACAGUGAUGCUAGCUUAGAGAUAUGUACUUGCUGCUCUUUAUGCCAUUGGGCAUUUUCAUGUUGUUUUGAGUCCCAUUUUAAGUCCCAUUUUACCCAUGUGGGUAGCCAUUCCAAAGGUCCCUCCACCGUCAGUAGAGGCUGCGAGUUCCCGACUUGGCACGAACUGUUCAGGAUGCCAAAGACAUACAAUGUGUGACGCACCGCAUGCAGAAAAUCAUUUUGUGAACUUUGUACGGAAGGUUUAUACUCGGACCAUGUGUAAACGGCAGCCUGCUCGGUAUGCGGCUGCGUGCAAUUUGGUCGAUGAUUUUGUGAACCCUGCAUGACUUGCCAAACGUUUAGUGUAAUCAAAUGUGCAAGGUUGGUUCGAUUAUGUGCGUAUUCAGGGUUUUGACAUGUACAUGCUAACACAUUUGACCAUGUGCUGUGCAAUUUGUGUACCGAAUGCUGUGAUUGUAAUUUAUUGCUGUCAAUCGUGAACUUGUAUGAUUUGUGAUCGUGCGAGCACUAUUCAAGACCUAUUUGCCCUUCAUUUUUCGAGAUGGACCUCCUGUGGGUUUACACUGCAGCUGUUUUACUUGAUUUUAUGUACUUUAGGGUACUUUUUCCUGUGCCAAGUUUUGUACGCAUUUUUUUGCAUUAUUUGCAACGGUGUAUCGUGCGUCCUGCACAGGCAGCUAUUUUCUGGCUGCUUUGAGCGCUUCUGCUUACCCCCGGAGUCCAAGAUCACUGUAGUUUUUCUACGAAGUAAAACAUUCAUAGAUGUUCUCAGAAAA